CCUUCAUUUCAUUUCCACCACCUGCUCUACUCUGCUCUGCUCCUCCCCAGCCCACGCCCCCGCCCCCGUCCCCCGCCUCCAUCUCCUCGCAUCGCACGCACGCACGCACGCACGCACUCACCUGCGCUGCUCAGAUUCCUUAUUACAUCACCGCCGGCCAGUGCGCAACCACCGCUCCGCCGCGCCUCCUGCUGCUAGCUGCCGCCCCGCCGCCGGCGCCUAAUGCGGGCCGGUGGCUAAGCCUAAGCCCUCCGGGUCCGGGCGUGUGAGAGACAGAGAGACAUGGGGGAGGGCGCGGUGGUGGUGCUGGAGGCGCCCAAGCCCAGGUCGCCGCCGAGGUACCCGGACAUGUGCGGCCGCCGGCGCCUGCAGCUGGAGGUGCAGAUCCUUGACCGCGAGCUCACGUUCCUCAAGGACGAGCUACAUUUACUUGAAGGGGCUCAACCAGUCUCACGUUCUGGUUGCUUGAAAGAGGUAAAUGAGUUUGUUGGUACAAAACAAGACCCGCUAAUACCAAUUAACAAAAGGAAGCACCGGUCCUGCCGUCUUUACUGGUGGAUCAGAUCAAAACUGUGCAUAUGUGCUUCAUGGCUGUGCUGCUCCUGCCAAUGCCUACCAACUUGCAAAAGACCAAUGUGCUUGGACUGUUCAUGCUGCAAACCAAAUUGCUCAUGCUGCAGCCCAAACUGCUGCAGCUGCUUCAAGAUCCCUUCAUGCUGCAAACCAAGCUGCGGCUGCUUCGAGUGCUGCAGCUGCAGCAAGCCACAGUGCUGCAGCAGCGGCUGUAACCCUUGCGGCGAGUGCAAGCCCGAGUGCGGCUCAUGUUCGGGCGGCGGCGGCUGCUGCGGCGACUGCAAGCCAAGCUGCAGCUGCGCAGGCUGCUCCUGCCCUCGGUGCACGGGGGGCUGCUUCAAGCUCCCCAAAUGCUCGUGCGCGCGGUGCUUCAACUGCCAGUCGUCGUGCUGCAAGGGGCAGCCGUCGUGCUUCAGGUGCCAGUCGUCGUGCUGCGACAAGGGAGGCUGCUGCAGCGGCGGGUCGUGCCUGAGCUGCCCGAAGCCGUCGUGCCCCGAGUGCUCCUGCGGGUGCGUGUGGUCGUGCAAAAACUGUACAGACGGAUGCCGAUGCGCCCGGUGCUGUGCUGGCGGGUGCCUGUGUUAAAUUAGGCCACAUGGUGUUUAAGCCUUUCUCUUUUGGUAGUAGUUGCCUUUGUGCUUGCUGUUUAAGCCGUUGUUUGGGUCCGUUCGGGGCCUUGACAUACGGUGGUGUUUCACAUGUAUGUAAAGAAAUAACUUGACCUCCGGAUCACAAGGCGGAGUGAGUAGCUCUAGUAUCAGUAGCCAAGUUAUAUAUAUUGGUGAUGCACAUUGUCAACCAUUUUACAGGGAUUUUAUUUUUAUUUUUUAUUCGGGA